ACCUAGCUUCCAGCCCUGCAGAGAGAGGGAGAGACGCACAGUGCAGAAGCAAAACCCUAGCCUGAGUAGCCUCUGCUUCCUCCUCUCCGCCAAACACUACGAACCCUGUUUACACGGAUACUUUGUGGAUAUUUAAGGUGAAAUUAAAUAGUUAUGGAGCAGAAUUUUCAGCGGCAUGAUCAUGAAUUGAAGGAGGAAGAGUAUGUAUUGAUGGAUCUUGACAGUGUUUCUGAUCAAAUUUCAAUUCCCCCAAACGCCCCCUAUGUUCUUUCGGGCCUUGAUACGUUGAACCCCAUUUUGACCAUUGAUGGAAAAAUCAAGCUGGUAGGGGAAUAUGUGGAGACUAUUGGAACAUGCCUCGUCUUUGGUGAAACUGAUGCCCCUCCAGUGGUUCAUGAAGAGACAGGUCCAUCUGAUGCUAACCUUUUCUCGGGGAAAUGCAUAGCAGAUCCUAAGCAAGCAUCAGUCAAGCAAGUAAAUCCAAUAACCCAGCUUCAAAAGAUUAUCAAAUUCAGACUAUUGCGGGACGGUGAAAAUGAUGAUGAAAACGUCAAAGCAACAGGCACAAAUGAUGAUGAAAACGUCAAAGCAACAGGCACGUAGCUGCUGUAAAACUUAUCUAUUUAACAGGCCGACAGCAAUAACCUUUGCUGUAACUGCUGUUUGUAUUUAGUUGACAGUUGCACCAUUCACAAGCUUGUAUAAAGUAAUCAACAAUAGCAAUAGUUUAGUACUUAAAUGGCAGAAAUCAUUUGAGUACUAAAAU